CGUCACGCGGGUGAUGGCGACCGGCUGGUUCCUCUGAGCGAGAGGCGAGGAGAGGAGGAGCGCUUGAGGCGAGGGCCGCACACUUUAUUUUUUAUUUUUUAUUUUUAUUUUUCCGUUCCAACCGGCCCGGUAAAUAACGGAGAGAGGACUUCCCCGUCCAGCUGUCAGACCGGGACCUGAGGUCAAACGAACUCCGGUUCACCGGACAGACAUAACGUUAUCGGGACCAGAACUCUUGCCUGCCUUUUCCUCUGCCGUGAUUCAGCCCGAUCCGAGAUCAGAUCACACCGAUCGGCCGACGCUAAACUUUCCGUUUCUCUCUCCCGGGACUAAAUCCUCUCUCAUCGACACUUAAUCUCGCAGUAUUAACGACACUUUUAAUCGUUUGGGAACUUUUACUUUCAGGUCGCGAGGAGUUGUAAUUCGCCUAAAGGACACAGCGCCCCCACCCAACUUUUGGAAGACUUUUCUCCGUGGUUCUUAUUUCUGUCUGGUGCGGUAAACGGGGCAUGACGAGGAUUAUCUAACUGGACGUCGCUGAGCCACUAGACCCACCGUUCUUUCUCCAUUAAAGGGGUCAGGGGUCAGGAUGGCAGGAGCCUCGGUGAAGGUGGCGGUGCGCGUGCGACCUUUCAACUCCCGGGAGACCAGCCGAGAUGCCAAGUGUGUUAUACAGAUGCAGGGCAACUCCACCUGCAUCUCCAACCCCAAACAGCCCAAGAAUGAAGGCAAGAGUUUCACCUUCGACUACUCUUACUGGUCACACACCACGGCGGAGGAUGAGAGAUUUGCCUCCCAGAGACAAGUCUAUAAGGACAUUGGGGAGGAGAUGCUGCUUCAUGCUUUUGAAGGAUACAAUGUCUGUAUCUUCGCCUACGGACAGACAGGAGCAGGGAAGAGUUACACCAUGAUGGGACGGCAGGAAGAGGGACAGGAGGGGAUCAUUCCACAGCUGUGUGAGGAUUUGUUUAAGAGGACAGUUGGGAACACAGACCCUGAUCUCUCCUUCUCAGUGGAGGUGUCCUACAUGGAGAUCUACUGUGAGAGGGUGCGUGACCUGUUGAACCCUAAAUCGAAGGGUACACUCCGUGUUAGGGAGCACCCUAUAAUGGGACCGUACGUUGAAGAUCUGUCUAAACUGGCUGUAACCGGAUACAAUGACAUUCAGGACCUAAUGGACUGUGGAAACAAAGCCAGGACGGUGGCAGCAACAAAUAUGAAUGAGACGUCUAGUCGUUCCCACGCCGUCUUCACCAUCGUGUUCACACAGAAACGAAGAGACCAACUCACCAGCCUGGACACGGAGAAGGUCAGUAAGGUGAGUCUGGUGGACCUAGCUGGUAGUGAGAGAGCCGACUCGUCGGGGGCAAAGGGCUUGAGGUUGAAGGAAGGCGCUAACAUCAACAAGUCUCUCACCACGCUGGGGAAGGUCAUCUCUGCUCUGGCUGAAAUGCAGAGCAGUAAGAAGAGGAAGUCCGACUUUAUCCCCUACAGAGACUCGGUCCUCACCUGGCUACUGAAAGAGAACCUAGGUGGUAACUCCAGGACAGCGAUGAUAGCAGCUCUCAGUCCAGCAGACAUUAACUAUGAAGAAACACUCAGUACACUCAGGUAUGCGGACCGUGCCAAGCAGAUCAGGUGUAAUGCUAUAAUCAAUGAGGAUCCCAACGCAAGAUUGAUCAGAGAACUGAAAGAAGAAGUCAACAGACUGAGAGACCUGCUGUUCUCACAGGGGCUGUCUGAACUACUGGCUGUAACAGGUGGAGAGGUGAACAACAACAGUACUCUGGGCUCCUCCCCCUCAGGCCCGCCAACCAACCAGUCAAUCACUGCUAACGGCCAAUCAGAUGCCCCACGAAACCCUGCCCAAGAUUCUAACUCUGCCCCUGACCCUGACGAAGACUCCACCCCUGACGGAGGCGCUGAUCACAUGACUGAUGACAUGACGGCGGACUUUGCUGAAGGGGAGGAGCUUGUUGAGACCAUCAGUAAAGAGGAGGUGGCUGAGAGACUGGAGGAGACUGAGAAGAUCAUUGCUGAGCUGAACGAGACAUGGGAGGAGAAACUGAGGAAGACUGAAUCUAUACGACAUGAGAGAGAGUCUCUGCUGGCUGAGAUGGGCGUGUCCAUUAAAGAAGAUGGAGGAACGUUAGGGGUGUUCUCUCCUAAAGGG